UAAAGAAAUACCGCUUUCGAUUUAAUAAUAACGCUCUUACCUGCUCCCUAUUUGAUCGCUGUGAUUCUUUUUAUAAAGAGUAAAGACCAAAACCCCUCUCUGCAAUCAUUCCUAAUCGGAGUGGUGGAACAAGUCAAUCAAUUGAUCGCCGGAGGUUUCCUCUCUCUUCCCUCAACGCAAUGCACAACCCCGAUUACACCCCCGUCCCCUACUACCAGCAGCAGCACUACCCGCAGACCCAGAAUUCGAAUCCGACCCCGAACCAAAAUCCGAUCGAACCGCUUUACCACGCCCCGCCGUCUUACGCCUCUGCCCCGCCCUUCUCCCCCAACAGUUACACGCCUCCCCCGCCUUCCUCGGCCGAUUACUCCGCCACGUACCACCAGAAUUCCUCUUCCUACCCUACCAUUCCCCAAACUCCUGAUCCUCUCCCCACGGCGCCGUCGUUCACGCAACCUCAGUCCGGGUAUUCCUUUCCCCAAUUCGAAGUCCAUGGAACGUACCAAUCGCCGCCCCAAGCCCAACCAUCGUCCUAUCAUCGGUCUUACGAUCAGCCGGCGCCUAAUUAUACCACAAACCUCAACCCUAAUCCCGGUUCCGCCAAUUCGGGUUACCCGUCGAUUCACGCCUCUUCUCAGUACUCUCAGUUAAGUUCCCCUCUCUAUGAAACCCCAUAUGAUAAUCGCGACGUGAGUUUCAGUCGGAGCAGGUCAGAUAUGGGGUCCGAAUUAUAUGGCAAACGAGCGGAAAGUGGCUACAAUGAGUAUGGAAAUGAUGGCGUCUACGGGAAGGAUGAAGGGGUUUAUGCUUACAGGGGGAGUUCCGAGCCAUAUGGAGCACGGGGAACCGCUCCCAAGUCCUCAACUUGGUCUGGGUUCGAUGAUUUUGGCAGGCCAAUCGGGUAUUCUUCAUCUUCUUCGGGGAAAGAGCGAUCCUCGAACUCUGCGAUGAAGGUUGUUAGGGCUGUUCCUAAGGCAGAGACACAACAGGACGCCAAGAGCGGAGUUCAGAAGUUUAGAGUGAAGUUGUUGGCAGAAAGUGGUGGACAAAGCACCAUGGAUGUUCUUUGCCAGAUUGGCUUGGAUGGAAUUAGGAUGCUGGACCCAAGUACCAACCGGAUACUGAGAAUUUAUCUUCUUGACUCAGUAACCAGAUGUGAAGCCAUCGAGUCAUCAAUAUUUGCCUUCUGGUCAAAAACUCCUGUGGACAUUGAACCAAGGCGUAUUAGGUUGAAGUCUAACAGUUACACGACCAACACUCUCUUGGACACAGUUACUGCUGCAAUUGUACAGUAUAAGGAGAUGAGUGGAAGAAGCCGUCCUCCUGAGUAUCCGAAGACAGCUGAGCAGCCUACAGAGAAGAAAAAAGGUCUUGGUGAUUUCUUGAAUUUGAUAAAGCCUGUCAAUGAGGAGAAAGAUCACUGGGUCCCGGAUGAAGCAGUAACAAAAUGCACAGCUUGUGGGACAGACUUUAGUGCUUUUGUGCGGAAGCACCAUUGCAGGAAUUGUGGAGAUAUCUUUUGUGACAAGUGCACUCAGGGUAGAACUGCUCUUACUGCUGAUGAGAAUGCUCCUGUCGUUAGAGUUUGUGAUCGAUGCUUGGCUGAAGUUUCUCGUAGACUAAGUGCUGCUAAGGAUGCUGCCAGCAGAUCAACUGUCAUUCAAAGUCAUGAGGAUCUUGCCAAGAAACUUCAGGAGGAGAUGGAGAGAAGCUGCAAGGUGUCAUCAGGCUCCAGAUCAGACAGUUCUGGAAGGCGGAUGAAAGAGGUUGCCUGCCCAACUUGUACAGUACACUUGCAGGUUCAAGUUCCCAGUUCUGGUUCAGAGACCAUCGAGUGUGGGGUUUGUCAGCAUCCUUUUCUUGUUACCAGCCAUUGAACCCCUCACCAGAUGAAAUGUCGAAUUCUCUUCUUUCAUUCUUGUUCUACUUGUUAAAAUAUUUCAAGGGGUUGUGUUUUUUCUCUUUUUUUGUUGUUAAAUAUUGAAAACUUGGGCUUAGAUCCGGUCUGUCUUAAAUUAUCAAAGACGGUGAGCUGGUUUUGCAUUUCUUACAUGUACAUGAGAAUUCUGGUGUAUUGCACUGAGGUGUUGGGACAGCAAGUUCAUUGACCUAUAAAUGUAAAUUAAUGUUUGAUUUGUAUGUGGCGG